AUGGCGAUUGACGGUCUCAUUGUUCUUGAUUCAACUGGACGUCCUAUCGUUCAAUCAGGCUUCCGUGGAUCCCCCCCAGCAUACCCUAUUUUCCACAUUGACGCGCUCAACAAUGCUCUCGCCAACGCGAAGCGUCCAGAAGACGUAGACCCUGUUCUCCCAGUACCCCAUCUCAAUGAUCCGGGAAGUGCGUGCUGUCAUGUCAAACGCGGAGAGUUGAGGUUCUUGUGCCCUAUCAGUGGCAAUUUGGACCCGCUGUAUGCCUUUGCCUUCUUGCAAACAUUCAUUGAUAUUUUACGUGAAUACUUCGGCACUGUUUCCGCAGAUACGCUAAGGGAGAAUUUUGACGUGGUAUAUCAGCUACUAGAGGAGACCCUUGAUUCCGGCGGUCAUCCCUCCACUACUUCCACAAAUACUUUGCGUGACAUAGUUCUGCCGCCCACCCUUCUGCAGAAGAUGCUCAAUGUCGCAGGCGUAUCCGGCCUUGCCAAUCCAGGAACGAACACACAUCCAUUCGCUUCGCCGAUACCUUGGAGGAAAGUGGGAGUCAGAUAUAACAACAACGAAAUCUAUUUCGACGUGUCAGAGACACUAGAAGCGAUCGUGAAUAAGAACGGCACUCCUGCCGCGAGCAAUGUGUGGGGAAAGAUAGAGUCCAAUUGCAAGCUGUCAGGGACACCGGACCUACUAUUGAUACUCUCAAAUUCAGCAUCACUUGCAGAUGCUUCCUUCCAUCCAUGUGUUCGGCUACAUCGAUGGGCUCGUGACAAGGCACUGUCAUUUGUCCCCCCAGAUGGCCGGUUCAAGCUAAUGGAGUAUCGCUACGCUCCGAUCUCAACUACCGCACAACAUCAACUAUCUGUGCCAUUUGCGAUGCGUAACACGGUCAACGUUGAAGAGUUUGGAGGGUCCUUUGACGUGACCUUCACUUCGCGCCUCACGACCCGUGCAAUGGAGAACGUGUUCGUCGAACUCUACCUCGGCGAAGGCGCAUCUAGUGCGAGCUGUAUGGCCUCACAGAACGCGUCAUGGAGCUUUGAUCUGAAAACAAUGACCGUGCGAUGGGAGAUGAAGAAUGUGCCUCCAUCCUCUAGUUUCAACCUGCAUGGCUCAUUCACAUCUACGGCGAAACUUCCCCGCCCAGCUCGUGCGUUCCGCGUACGGUUCGAGAUCCUCCAGCACAGUUUCUCCGCGGUGAAGAUUGACCAGCUCAAACUGACCGGAGAGGUGUACAAGCCGUACAAGGGGAUGAGGGGCAAGUCUGCUGGAGAUGUGGAAUGGCGGUGGUGA